CAGGGCGGCGCCGGAACCCCAGAAACCGGAGCGGGGGCGCGCCCGAAACCCGGAAGUGCCCGGACCCGGGAGUCCCGAGUCCUGAAGCCCCGGAGUCGGAAGCCGAGAACUCGGGGCCGCCAGCGCCCGAGUGGGCCGGAGCCUCAGGCAGGAUGACUGUGGGAAUCUUCGCAAACUGUACCUUCUGUUUGAAAGUCAAGCACUUAACUCGUCAACAGAAGAAAAAACUACAAACUGAUAUUAAGGAAAAUGGUGGAAAUUUUUCCUUUUUAUUAAAUGCUCAGUGCACACAUGUAAUCUUAGACAAUGCUGAUGUUCUGAGCCAGUAUCAGCUGAAGUCUGUUCAGAAGAACCAUAUUCUUAUUGCAAACCCAGAUUUUGUAUGGGAAUCUAUCAAAGAAAGAAGACUGCUGGAUACGAAGAUUUAUGGUCCCAGUGAGUCACUGGACAUCACAUCAGCUUCCAAUGAAGAAUGGAGCAGCCCUAAAAUGGAAAUGAAUGAUUCUUCAUUCCUGGACAGUUCCACAGAGAAGGAGAACACUGUUGAACUCACUGAGUUUUAUGCAGAGGAUGUUGAAAUUCCUCAUUUUCCUCAAGAUUUUGAAGUUGCAAAAUAUAACAUCUUGGAAAAAGUUGAGACAGAGGGAGGUAAGGAGACCGCCGUGGUGGAGCUGCAGUGCCUCCAGGGCCCUGGGGACCGUGGCUUUCUGAUAUGCACACACUUUAUCCUGGCCACUGGCACCCAGACCAGAAGGCAGUCCUCUGUGAAGAAAACCUCUGCAGAUGCAAGUGAAUACUAUGAGAAUUAUAUUGAGGAACUGAAGAAACAAGGCUUUCUACUGAGAGAACAUUUUACACCUGAAGCAACCCAGUUAGCAUCUGAAAAACUGCAAGCAUUGCUGUUGGAGGAGGUAAUAAACUCGAAUGCCCUGAGCCCCGAGGUAAGCGGCUUGGUGGAAAUGCUCUGGGCAGAAGCCCUCGGCCGCCUGGAGGACACGCUGCUGAGACCCGUGGGCAUGAUGAGCCUGAAUGACGUGAGCAAGGCAGAGGGAAUUCUCCUCCUGGUAAAGGAAGCAAUGAGAAAUGGAGAAACACAGGAGCAACUGCAAACGAUGCUGACCGAGUUCUACAGAUUAAUCCCUCACAGAGCUGCUGUGGCCGAGAAGGUCAGCCUGAGCCUGCUGGCUAAGAAGGAGGACCUGUGCCAGCUAAUAAGAGACAUGGUUAAUGUCUGUGAAACUAAUUUGGCCAAACCCAACCCACCGUCUCUGGCCAAAUACCGAGCUUUGAGAUGCAAAAUUGAGCAUGUUGAGCCGAACACUGAAGAAUUUUUGAGAGUAAGAGAAGAAGUGCUGCAGAAUAAUCACAGUAAGGGUCCAGUGGACAUCUUGCAGAUAUUUAGAGUUGGCAGAGUGAGUGAAACCACAGAGUUCCAGGGCCACCUUGGCAAUGUCAGGCACUUGCUGCAUGGGUCUCCUGUGCAGAGCUUCAUGGGAAUCCUGUCCCGUGGGUUGCUUUUACCCAAAGUAGUUGAAGAUCGUGGCAUGAAGAGAACAGACAUUGGAAACCUUGGGAGUGGGAUAUAUUUCAGCGAUUCACUCAGUACAAGCAUCAAGUACUCGCACCCUGGACAGACAGAUGGCGCCCGACUCCUGGUCGUCUGUGAUGUCGCCCUCGGCAGGUGCAUGGACCUGCACAAGCGAGACUUCUCCCUGACGGAGGCACCACCCGAGUACGACAGCGUUCACGGGGUGCGGGGAACGGAUACGGUCAGCUCGGACUUUAAGGAUGAUGAAUUUGUUGUAUACAAAACCAAUCAGGUUAAAAUGAAAUAUAUUGUUAAAUUUUCUGUACCUGGAGAUGAAAUAAAGGACUUUCAUCCUUGUGACAAUACGGAAUUAGAGGAGGACAGACCUGAGUUUUCAAAUUUUUCAGCAGUUGAAGAUCACCAGCUUCCAGGCAGCACGUCUUUCCCCGACAUCAAGGCCGGCCUCCAGGAUGCCUCUGGGAAUUCAGUUCCUCUGGAGGACGUUCACAUCAAGGGGAAAAUAAUAGACUUUGUAGCCCAGGUCAUUGUUUUUCAAACAUACACAAACCAAAGUCACGUGCCCAUUGAGGCAAAAUAUGUUUUUCCCUUGGACGACAAGGCAGCUGUGUGUGGUUUCGAGGCUUUCAUCAAUGGGAAGCACGUGGUGGGAGAGAUUAAAGAGAAGGAAGUGGCCCAGCGAGAGUACCGAGUGGCGAUCAGUCAAGGCCAUGGCGCCUACCUGAUGGAUCAGGACACACCCGACAUCUUCACCGUCAGUGUUGGGAACUUACCCCCAAAGGCCAAAGUCCUGGUCAAAAUCACCUACAUCACGGAGCUGAACAUCCAGGGUGCCUGCGCGGUCUUCUUCCUGCCGGCCACGGUGGCGCCCUGGCAGCAGGACAGGGCUCUGAGGGAGAACCUUCAGGAUACAGUGGAGAAGAUUUGUAUAAAGGAAAUAGGAACAAAGCAAAGCUUUUCUCUGAGCAUGUCUAUCGAGAUGCCACACAUGAUUGAAUUCAUCUCCAGUGACACACACGACCUGAGAAAAAAGAGAACAGACUGCAAAGCUGUGAUUAGUACUGUGGAAGGCAGCUCCUUAGACAGCAAUGGAUUUUCUCUCCUCAUUGGUUUGGUUGAUGUGUAUCUCCCAAGAAUGUGGGUUGAAAAGCAUCCAGAAAAAGAAAGCGAGGCCUGCAUGCUUGUGUUUCAACCAAAUCUUGGUAUUACCGUCCCUGACGAAGCUGAGAGGAGUGAAGUGAUUAUUUGUCUUGAUUGCUCCAAUUCCAUGGAGGGCAAGACAUUCCUGCAAGCCAAGCAGAUUGCCUUGCACGCACUGUCCUGUGUGGGAAAGGAGCAGAAGGUGAACGUCAUCAAGUUCGGCACAAGUUACAAGGAAUUAUUUUCAUAUCCUAAGUGCAUCACGAGCAAUAAGAGGCCCACAGAGUUCAUCAUGUCUGCUACACCUACCAUGGGAAACACAGAUUUCUGGAAGACACUUCGAUACUUAAGUUUGCUGUACCCUUCCCACGUGUUACGGAACAUCCUCCUCAUAUCCGACGGGCACCUCCAGAACGAGAGCCUGACCUUGCAGUUCGUAAGAAAAAGCGUGCCACACACCAGGCUGUUCUCCUGUGGAGUCGGUUCUACAGCAAAUCGUCAUGUCUUACGGACUCUGUCCCACUAUGGCGCUGGAGUAUUUGAGUAUUUUAACUCAAAAUCCAAACAUAGCUGGAAAAAACAGAUAGAAGCCCAGAUGGAUAGGCUGAGUUCUCCCAGUUGCCACUCGGUCUCCGUCAAAUGGCAGCAGCUGAGCACGGACACGCCCGCGCCCCUGCAGGCCCCCGCCCAGGUGCAGUCCCUGUUCCACAGCGAGCGACUCCUUGUCUACGGGCUCACUCCUCACUGUACACAGGCAACUCUACAUGCACUGAUUCAAGAGAGAGAGUAUUCUGCAGUGGUGUCAACUACUGAACUUCAGAAGAUAACUGGAACGAUGAUUCACAAGCUGGCAGCGCGAGCUCUGAUAAGAGAUUAUGAAGAUGGCAUUCUCCACGAAAAUGAAGUGAAUCACGAGAUGAAGAAGCAAACUUUAAAAUCUCUGAUUAUUAAACUCAGUAAAGAAAACUCUCUCAUAACACAGUUUACAAGCUUUGUGGCUGUGGAGAAAAGGGAUGGUAAUGAGUCACCUUCUCCUGAUAUUCCAAAUACUUUGGAACUUAUUGCCAAAGAAGACAUAGAUUUUCUGCCAUACAUGAGCUGGGAGGGGGAACAACCAGAUGCCAGCAGGAUGCAGACACUUUCAGCAUCCUCUGAAUGGAACCAAGAACCCAAACGUAAAUGUAAACGUAAACGGACUAAAAAGAAGCGUUCAUCACUUAAGAUGAUACUUUCUGAAGAUUUUGAAGCCUUUAGCUCAGAUGCCCCAGAAGAAUCUGAAGCGGUCAAUUUUGUCUUCAGGGAUGCGGAGGAGCCCUGGGGUUUGGGUCCGAUGGAGUCAUCUAAACAAACAGAAGUUAAACCACAAUUCACAGAAGCCAUCUCACAGAAAACGGCCGUUUCCGACAUUCCUACUGCCCCUAGUUUCUUAACUACACCCCUCCAUGUUGGCUCUGGUUUCUGCCUUCAGGCCAGUUCAGCACUGUUUGGUUCUCCAGCUGGUCCCAAACACUUCGGUUCCCCUAAGAAGUACCUGGAAACGGGCAGUGGUGCCGACGUUUCCCUGGACAUAGCGUCUUUUCCCAGGCUGCAUCUCCAGGGCUCACCUUUGCGACUUGCUGCUGCUCCCAGGGCCUCGUUUGGCUCCAGGUCUCAGCUGCCCAAAACUGAUCAAGGGGGUGCCACAGGCUUCAGUGCCCUCACUACCCAUCAGCCGGACCCUCUCUCACGGCCGCAUCUUUUUUCCUGUUCUUCUGCAGGUCUUCUCCCUUGUCCACUUGUGAAGUCUGUCUUUUCUUCCCCUGCCUCUCCUCCCUUCCUACCCAGGGGCGUUGUUCACCCUUCUCCCCCUCUACCUGGAUGGUGUGGUGUUCCUCCUUCUCCCCCGCUUCCCCCUCUAACUGGGGGACUUGUUCCCCCUCCUCCCCCUCUAUCUCAGAGGGUUGGCAUUUCUCCUCCCCCUCCUCCCGCUCUACCUGGGUGGGGUGGUGUUCCUCCUUCUCCCCCUCUUCCCCCUCUAUCUGGAGGAAUUGUUCCCCCUCCUCCCCCUCUAUCUCAGGGGGUUGGCAUUCCUCCUCCCCCUCCUCCCCCUCUUUCCUCUCCUCUUCCCUCUCACCAUAUCCCAUCUCCUAGGAGUGCCAAUUGUAAGCUGCCAGUGGCUCCAUCUGGCCCUGCUGAGGAUGCCCGGCUGGACAUUCCUCUGUUAGCUGUGUAUGAUGAACCUUUGUCAUUAGACUCCCUCCAAUAUGAUUGUUCAUUUUUUGAAUGUUCUUCUGAAACGGAAAGUGAUAAAACAGGAGAACUUCUGGCAAGUAGGAUUUUUAAAAAGCUGGCAGAAUAUGACCUGAGAAGUGGCUUUACUGCAAGUACUCAGGCACAAAAAGAUGAGGAUGGCCUAGUUGGCAAAGCAAGCUGGAGGAAUUAUGUGCCUUCGACUGAACUCUUCAGGCUUCAGACCAAGGAUGGAUGCUGGAAACUUACACAAGAACUGGGAUUUAUAUUAAAACUUAAUACAAAUAUUUUAAACAGCUUUCUUGAGCAAAAAGGCAUUCGAUCUUUAGGUGUAAGAGGAAGAGAGCGACUUCUAGACCUGAUCGCCACGUUUCUAGUGCUGCAGUUCCUUCGCACCAAGUUGGAACAGGAGGGAAUAAUUGUCAAAUCGCUGAUGAGACUAGACGAUGCUUCCUUUCCCAGGAAUAUUCCCUGGGAUUGUGAGAAAAUAAAGAAAGCCAGUGAGUGGCUCAGAAGAACCGAAGGGCAGUACCCAUCCAUCUGCCAGCGGCUGGAGCUGGGUAAAGACUGGGACUCCGCCACCAAGCAGCUGCUGGGGAUCCUGCCCAGAGACGCCGCCUCCCCUCCUCACAGGCUCCUUAAGCACAGCCAAGGCUGACGCACACGCACUUGUCUUUUAACAUGCACUCAUGCCUCAUGUAUAUGAUAAUCAGAUAUAAUAGAUGCCUAUAAUGAAAUCUAAUUAUGAUUUUAUUCAGUAUAGCAAUCACUUUAAAAUAAAUGGAAAAAGGCUAUGGUUUCAGUGAACUAACAAGCAACUAUACAAUAAAAAUUUCAAGGAAUUCCCUGGUGGUCCAGUGGUUAGGACUCCAAGCUUUUAACGCUGUGAUUCUGGGUUUGAUCCCUGGUCAGGGAACAAAGAUCCCACAAGCCAAGCAGUACAACCAAAAAAAACUUUUUUAGAUAAAAAUUCUAAUACUACAGACUUUUUUUUUUAACCAGAGGUUGGGGGAGGGUGGAGAUUGGAUGAAGGUGAUCAGAAGGUAUAAACUUCCAGUUACACGAUAAGUAAGUACUAGGAUGUAAUAUGCAGCAUUAAAAUAUACUUAAUACUGCUGUAUAGUACAUGUGAAAGUUGUUCAGAGACUAAAUCCUGAGUUCUCAUCACACAGAAAAAAUGAUUUUCUUCUUCUUUUACUCUAUAUCUGUAUGAGGUGGUGGAUAUUCACUAAACUUACUGUGAUGAUCAUUUCAUGAUGUUUGAGAGUCAGAUCAUGCUGCUGCCAUCUUAAUCUUAUACUGUGCUAUAUGUCAAUUAUAUCUCAAUAAAACUGGGAGGAAAAAUUAAAUCACUACCCUCUUUGACCUAUAAACUCCACUGGUAGGAAUUGUACUUAUAGAAAUUAAUCUUACAGAAACAUGGACACAUUGACACAUGCAGGUAUCAUGUGUGCAUAUAUACAUAGUGCCAUCACCCAGCAUAUGCAAUAGAGCUCAUUUUAAAAGUUAUAUAAAUGGGUGUUUAUGAGAUAGAAAUCUAUAAUGUCAUAUUCCAAACUAGUUACCUUUGUGGAAUAGGAACUUUAUUUCUGUCUUACACACUUUGAAUUUUAAAAGUUGAAAUUAAAAAAAUUAAACAUUUUUACAGGGAA